GAAUUCUAGCCUUGGUGCAGAAAACCUAUUUUUAUUGUUAGACCUAAUUUGUUAAUAGGCCCAAAAAAGAAUCCUAUUAUUGGUAUUGUUACAUAACGCUGGAAUUUAAAAUGAAAGUAACGUUGGAUUCAUAAGCAAUCAAAGAGUCUGUCUUUGGCAUUGUUGGUGUAAGAAACGCAGGGUUGGGUGAUAAGUGUGAAGAACAAAAUGUCGCAGCCAAGAAGUUCACCCGAUAGGUUGGAGUUGCAAACUCCAUGGAAGCGGCUCACAGUUGAGAGGAUACUGAGUGGGUCACAGGAGAAUGAUGAUGUUAUGGAGGAAUGGAAGAAACAACAUCAAAGAUUGAAUCGUGUCGACGAUGCCGGUAAAGUUUCUGUAGAGGCUGCCAGGAUUGUUGAAAAUAAAGGGGAUGAUGGAGAUGGAAUUGAAUACAUAAUGAUAUCUUCUGAUAGUGAGAGGGAAAUGAGUCCUGUACAGGAAGAGUUCGAAGAAGCGUACUGGACACGUGAAGUUCAUGAUGUAAAGAAGUUUUGCUCAAAUGUUAUGUAUAUUCCUGCAGAAAUAGUAGAGAAAUGUGGGCUUGCUGGAAUGUCAGAGAUUACCCUCAAUGAUGUGGACAACGGGUACCCAUAUGAGUGCAAUAUGAAGAAGAGGCCAAAAAAAAAUGAAACAUAUUUGUAUGGAGAAUGGUUUGACUAUGUAAGGGCAGCGGAACUGAAAGUAGGCGAUAAAGUGCACUUUGUGAUUUAUUACCCGCCAGUGUUAGAUAUUAUGGUAACAGUGGAGCGCAGUGGUGAUCGUUGAUAGAGCUGUUGGUUAGGCAAUGUUUGUGGUGGAUGUAUAGGGCCGUUUUUUAGCAGUUUGGUUUGUAUGGGAUUUAUGGUUUUGUUUUUUUUUGUAAUGGUGGAUGUGAACCAAGAUUAACAAU